CACACUCACACACAGACGUUAAUUUCCAGUGAAGUUGUGCGAGCUUAUCGUUUCGAGGUGCUGAAAAGAAAUAUUCAAGUAUUGUGCGUAUUUCCUCGAAAUGGCUUCGCAAAAGUUUUCCAACGAGCCGCCAUCGUACGAUCAAGUCAUAGCGGAUAGCUAUCAUUCGAACUAUGCAACGGGCAACGGGAACGGAGGAGUACAGCCUUCCGCUCCACCCACAGUAGCUGCUUCUGCGGCUUCAGCAGCCCCGUCCGCUUCCUACCCAAGACAGGAGUACGUUCAGCAGCAACCCAUCGCGACCACCCAUACGUACGUGACGCCGAUGGCCGGAUCGGUUCCGUACUACGGUACCAUGGACGGGGGAAACAAGGGCCCGGUACCGAUCGUACCGCAGGUAACCAUACAAACCGUACCGCCCCAGCGGGCGGAAAUCAUCAACCACCAGAUCAUUGUCGUGAACGGGUGCCCGGUGUGCCGCAUCGGCAUGCUGGAGGACGACUAUUCCUGUCUGGGAAUAUUCUGUGCCAUCUUCUUCUUCCCACUGGGCAUACUGGCCUGUCUGGCGCUGCGCAAUCGGCGCUGCACGAACUGUGGCGUACAGUUCUAAGGCAUGGUGGGUAGGGAACGGAUCGAAUCAUGUAUGCCAACCAUUUACCACGCACGGAAUUGGUACUAGCAAAACGGUAUGUGAUACUGAACCAUUAGAUAGGAUGAUAUAAUCUCACAAACAGAUAUCAGGAAGCGAGAGCGAGAGAGGAAGAGGAAUGAGGACAGUUUAAAAAAUGGUACCUUGUAUAAUUUACAAUGUUUUCUGCGUGUUUUCAGAUGCUAUUCAUUGUAAUCCACACUUAUUAUUAUUGAAAGACAACCAAAAAUGGACAAAAGAACGACAAAAUAAAUGAACUAUAAUCUCCCUUUAAA